CCUGGAGCUCAGAGAAGAUGGCGGCUGUUGCAGUGAGCUCUGACGGAGGCGUCGCGUCGCUGGACUCGGACUCGCUGUCGCCGCGCGUUCCCUCUCCGCCACCGGACCAGCCGCACCAGAACAACGCGCUGCUGGGACUCCCGAUCGUGGCCAUCGACACCAUCCUCAACUUCCUCUCGUACGACGAGAUCAGUCUCCUGCGGCUGGUGUGCAAACGCAUGGAUGUGAUCUGUCAGCGCAUGCUCAAUCAAGGCUUCCUGAAGGUGGAGCGAUAUCACAGUCUGUGCCAGAAGCAGGUGAAGGCCCAGCUGCCCAGGAGGGAAUCUGAGCGCAGGAAUCACUCGCUGGCUCGGCACGCAGACAUCCUGGCGGCGGUGGAGACCCGCCUGUCCCUGCUCAACAUGACCUUCAUGAAAUACGUCGACUCCAACCUCUGCUGCUUCAUUCCUGGAAAGGUGAUCGAUGAGAUUUACCGUGUUUUGCGGUAUGUCAACUCCACGCGUGCGCCGCAGCGAGCGCACGAGGUGCUUCAGGAGCUGCGCGACAUCUCCUCCAUGGCCAUGGAGUAUUUCGAUGAGAAGAUCGUCCCCAUCCUGAAGAAGAGGCUUCCCGGUGCCGAUCUCUCCGGCCGCCUGAUCGGAUCCGCUCCGGUGGCCGGUCCCUCCACCUCUCUGACCACCAUGUCCCUGUUGGCCAAAAACACCCCGUCGCGGUCGGAGAUGACGAAGGUGCAGCAGCAGGUGAAGGUGAACGGGGCGUCGGUGGCGGCCCUGCGGCGGGAGAUGCAGGAGGUGCGCGUCAAGCAGCUGGAGCAGCAGAAGCAGCUGCAGGACCAGGAGCAGAAGCUGCAGGAGCAGUCGCAGGUGAUCGGGGAGCAGAACGCCCGGCUGGCCGAGCUGGAGCACAAGCUCAGGGAACUGAUGGACAGUGCGGUGGGCUCCACCUCCUCCUCCUCCGCCGCCGCUGCCCCAGCCGUGUCCUCUUCAUCCGGCGUGGGUCCGGUGUCGGCCGAGGGCGAGAGCGCCCUGUGUCUCAAACGCCCCCGCAAGUGCUCGGACCUCCCACGCCACUCCAAACGCCUGCGCAGCAAGAAAUAGAGGGUUUCGUCUGUACUUGUGUUUUUUCUUUUUUUGCUUCCUUAAAGCUAUAUACUUUUUUUUUUUUCCUCAACCUACGAUGACGCACGCGAGUAUGACGUGGAGAUGAAAAGCUCAUUGGGGGGGAGGGGGGUAUCUUUUUGUUUUAUCAGACACGUAUUACACUAAUAUGCGUUGACUUCUGUUUCUAAAGGUCGAGGAUUUGCCUUUAAUGUUUACCCAACCUUCAUGCCAACAUUGAGACAUUGCAAGAAGCUUUAGUCAAUCAACCGCAAGAACGUUUCGAGGAAAGGGUGAACCUGAAGAGACGGCCGUAGCUUCAACCAUAAAGUCAUUCGUUUAACUGUGUACGAAGUGAAGACUUUAGACCCCCUUCUUGAAAUGGAGAACGCGAGGUGCUCGACACCUGACUGCUAAGUUAUAUUGUUAUAUAAAUGGUAAAUAUCAGCUUGGUUCUGUGUUCUGAGAGGGAAGGACUUCCUCUGAGAUGUGCCUGGACGUGUGAGCGAGUCGUGGUCUUGCAGACGUCUGCAGCUGUAGCAUACAUGAGUAUAUUGUUUGUCUGAAGAUCGUCCAUCACUGAGAAUGGUGUCUUGUAGGUGUCAAUGCCAUGUUGUACCUGCCACUGUUUGUAGGUGUAUAAUUUACUGCAAAUAGAUCUGUGUCAGUGCAAUAAAAAUUGUGGAAAGCCUUGUUACUAGGAAAGUAAAUGAUUGAUGUUCAAGUUCG